UUUCAAGUGAUGUUACAGAAUCUUUUGUAAACUCAUGUCGAACCGCAGUUACCCUUUUCCUAUAUACUUUUGAAGAAGAAUAUUACUGACUAUGUCUUCUUACGUCUUAUUCGGAUUGGAAAACCCUUUGUUGGAUUACUACGUUGGAGGAGGAGAAGAUACGCUCCAAAAGUAUGAAUUGAACGCCAACGAUGCCAUUUUGGCAUCUGAGAAGCAAAUGGGUAUUUACAAAGAGACCUGUAUAAGUUAUGGUGCUGGUGGUGCUGCUCAAAACAGCUGCCGUGCUGCUCAAUAUGUCCUUCCUCCCAACUCUACUGUUUUUGCUGGUUGUGUAGGUAAUGACGAUUUCGCUCGCAUGCUUCGUGAGUCUAAUGACAAAGCUGGAUUACGCUCUCUUUUCUCUGUUGAUCCUUCCACCACUACUGGUGUUUGUGCCGUUGUUUUGAGUAACAAUAACAAAUGCCGCUCGUUGUGCACCAACUUGGGAGCUGCAAACAACUAUAAGCUUAAGGACUUGAAGGCUCCUGAAGUUUGGAGCCUUGUCGAAAGCUCUAAGAUUUUCUAUGUUGGUGGAUACCACUUGACUGUCAGCCCUGAGGCUAUGUUGGAAUUGGCCAAGCAUGCUGUUGAAAAAAACAAGCCCUACAUUAUGAAUCUUAGUGCUCCUUUUCUUUCUCAAUUUUUCAAGGAGCAAAUGGACUCUGUUGUUCCUUAUUGUGACUACAUCAUUGGUAACGAGUCUGAAAUCCUUAGCUAUGGUGAGCACCACGGUAUUCAAACUAAGGAUGUUGGUCAAGUAGCUUUGGCUUUGGCUUCUGUUGAGAAGGUAAACAAGAAACGCAGUCGUGCUGUUGUUAUUACCCAGGGUGCCGAUGCCACUAUUGUAGUCCAAGAUGGUAAAGUAAACACCUACAAGCCUAAUCACGUUCCCGCUGAGGAAAUUGUUGACACUAAUGGCGCAGGUGAUGCCUUUGCCGGAGGUUUCAUUGCUGCUCUUGCUGGAGACCAUGGUAUCGACUAUGCCAUUACUCUCGGACACUGGUUGGGUCAAGAGUGCAUCAAGGUCAGCGGUACAACUCUUCCCCUUCCCAAAAAGCAAUACCCUCUUCCCUAAUUUGACUGGAUGUAGAAAUAGAAACGAGAUCACUUAGGCAUAACUCGCUUGCAAGUAUAGAUGAAAAAGCCUAAAGAAAUUCGAUUCAAAGACAAUUAAAGCAAUAUAUUUUGCUCACCUUUAUGUUCAUCAUAUCGUACCUUAAGUGAUGGAAAGUUAUUGUAAACCGUUAAACAUUUCCUUCUGUUCCAACUAUCUAAUCUGUAAAAUUUCUUUGAUAUAAUCCUUAAUUUACUUGUGUAGAUAUCUGCAGCUGAUUAGCGACUCAUUUCUCCU